AUGAAAUCUAUACGCGGCUGGCUCAUGCGACACUACCAAAAAGCAACAAACAUCCAGCAACACAUUCCUUCGAGCAUGGGUACACUUGUUCUUCCCGCCGAGCUUAUCUUUAUGAUCGCCGAAAACCUAGAUGCCGCUUCAACUACGUCUUUGUCUUUGACCUGUCGAAGUCUGAACAGACUCAUUUUUCCGACGCUGGGUAGACUCAAGGACAGCGACAAACAGGAACUCCUGAUUUUGCUCGAGAAAGAUACACCAUCCAUGUUUUUCUGUCAUUGCUGCAUCAAACUUCACUCGCAGCAGGAAAUACUGGGGUCAUUGGAAUAUCCUAGUGAUGAGAAAGCACCAUGCCGCUGGAGUGUCACCGAUCACGGGAAGAUAACGCUCGUGGAAUCCUUCAGUAUACCAUACUACAUAAUGAGACUGGUCAUGAAUCGGCAAUUGAACGGACCCACCCAUGGUCUACCUUUAGAGUUUCUACAAAGGCAAAGCCGACACAGUCUUCCACGGUCUUGGGAGAAGAACGAGACACUCGACGCUCGUGUAAUCGACAACAGCCUCUUGACAUUGUCGGUAAAAACUUACUGGAACCACAAAGGACGUACACAAGACCUUCGGGAAGCCCUUGGUUUUUACAGAACGGAUAUAUGCUCCCAUGUUACUAUACUGCAGCGAGGUGUGAAAGGCUUCAUAAAGAUCCCGGAAAUACUUGAAGAUUCACCAGGUUCCCUUCCGCCCUACACAAAGUCUUUUAAAUCUUGUGCGUGGUGUAUGACAGACUUCUGCAUCGAGCUUAUGUGA